CUAAAAGGCUCGCGAGAGGCAGUUUUGUCUGAACAAACUAACCUAAACAGAAAGAGUAACUUUAAGAUUGUUUUACUCGAUUUUCUUCCACAGGCGUGCCUAAGAAGAUGGCUGCUGCUGAGAUGGCUGCAUCCCGGAAGCGGAUGGACGUACUCUCAGGUGUCGUGCCGGAAUUGAAAGACAUCGCGUCUGCGAUCGAUCACCUGACGAAGGAGGACGAAGCUGAGGAGCUGAAAAGAUCUCUGGAGGACCGCAAACAGACUUUACAGAAUUCGAAGCAGGAGCAGAAGGAGCUGCAGGAGAGCAUCAGGGAAGUGAGGCACAAUGUGUUUAUGAAGGUUCUUCAUAGCGAGAAAGUUCGGCAGAUAGCUGAGAAGGAGAUGAAGAUGAUGCAGGAAGUGGAUGCAGAGACAGAGAAGCUGAAGAAGGAGAAAGCCACACUGAUGAAGAGGAAGGAGGAGAUGCAGAGGGAGAUUGGGACAUAUUCACCGUAUAGGGACUUCCUGGAGGACGUGUGUAAAACAUCAGGGCACAAAAACGCUGACGACUUUGCCACCUAUUAUCGCAACAUGCUCAGCCUCAAAGAGAAGUUCACUGAGGAGAGGAAGCAGAGGCAGGAGAAAAAGGAGCAUCUGACAAAGGAGCUGCGAACUGUGGAGGAGCAAAAAACCCUACAAUGGCUGCAGAGGACCAACCAACUGGCUGAGCUGGAGGAGGAACUGAAGAAAGCUCAGUCUGAGACGCUGAAAUGGGAAAGGGAGUGGAGUCGUAUCCAGACAAUGAAAGCAGAGAGCGCGCAGACCCAGAACUGCAUUAAGUUUUCAAUCCAAAACACUUAUGAAAUGUGCGGUUACAAGAUCACAGAUCAAAAUGUGGAUGACACAACCAGACAGCUGAAGGAGAUAAAAGCCUUCAUCCAGGAGAUAUCUGAAAUUACGAAACAGUACCAGAAAAGCCUCCAGUCCUGAUGAGCAACCCUUCACACGACUGCUGAGAGCACUUCUGCAUCUUCAGUUGUUCAUGUUUUAUUUGCCUUGUUUCAAUUACAUCUUGAUUUUAUUGUGUGUUGUACAUUCUGUUGGAAUCGGCGUUCGACCUCAUCGUGGCCUCAGCCUUGAUGCAUUUCUGAGUUUAAAAAAAGUUUCAUCGACAGUUAACUUAAAAUAGUUUAAGGUGAAAUAUUAGUGUUGUCCCUGAGAAGGGAAAUGUUGAGGUUUCCCUCAGAUCUGUCCUGAUGAGGCUGGUUUCUGUAUUAUUAAUAAAUAUAUAAUAAAUGUUUCUCUGCAUUAA